GUGCCGACAUCCAUCAGCAUCCAUCUUUUUGUGAAGUCUUGUUACAAUAUCUUUUCCAAUCCAUGAGAACUCAAGCUCACCAUAUUAACUACCAUCACCCACUUCCCCCUGCUCAUCAUCAUCAAGACUGCCCUUUGCAAUCAAGUCCGACCCACAUCCACUACAACGAAAGACUUUGUCUAGACAGCUGCUAGAAUUUGUUAUCACAAGAGUCUCUUGGCCUCUCUGAUCGGCCAGUCAACAUGGACCCGGAAACAGUCACCCGAGCAGACCUCAACUCCGAUCUAGCAUCCCGAGUGAGGUACAUGAAAGCUUUUUUAGAUUUUACGGAGGAGGACUGCCAGAUCAUGAACGAAGUGCGGCCGAUAGCCAAGCCGCUGGUGCCCGAAAUCGUGGCUUCCGCAUACACCAAAUUGCUCUCCUAUGACGCCUGUCGGAUGGCCUUCUUCCCUCGAAAAGACGGCGCUCAAGGCACCCAUGGCACUGCUGAAGAUCUCGUCAAUGGCAAUGAUCAUCUAAGUCUCAACUCUGCUACAAUCAAACUCCGCCGGAACAUCCUGGAGAGGUGGGCCAUGAGGAUAUUCACCGCAGACUACCACCAACUGGAGAUCUUUGAGUUUUUCGAUCAAGUCGGCGUCCAACACACCGGUGGAGCGAGGGUCUUCAGCAGCGGCAACCACAAGCCGGUAUAUAUUGACUAUAUCCAUCUAGCUAUGACAUUAGGCUAUAUCACCUCUAAGAUGACCGCCGCUAUCCUGACUCUGCCUUCGAGUACUUGGCCGCCUGAGAAAAAAACUAGGGCAGUUGUCGCUUUCCAUAAAAUCUCGACCAUCCAUAACGAUUUGAUAGCCCGCCACCAUAUUGGUGACCUAUGUUCACCACCCAACUCUAGAACCCACACGCCGGACUCAGAGAUCAGUCCACAGAACCGGAAGGACUACUACAACAACGUCUUCAUGGUAGGCUCUCCCUCGGGGCUGAACGUGACACAAAUGCCGAGUCCGCCGCGGGACGCGCCCUUCCAAUCACUCGUCAGCAUCACCCCACAGAGCUCGAGCAGCGGUCGUCCCUACGUCAGCCCACCAGGAGAACUUUCUGCGCUCACUUCUGUUCAACGCACUAUGACCUCCACAUCCGAGUUCUAUAACCCUCAGAAAAGCAUAUCAUCCUUUGGAGACGCCGCCAGUUAUUUCCCUGGGUCGUAUGAAGAAUCUCAGACACUUACUCGGAGGCCAUCUAAAGGAGCUAUCAAUAAGCGCAAGUUUGGAACGAAAAUCAAAAAGGUUCAUCCACCCUGAUCUAUCUUUUGAGCUCUCAAACACUCUAAGCAUCCACUUUUCCUUUUUUUUGCAACUUCAAACUCUUGUGUUCACAAACAUUCCACUUUUAUCAUCAUCGUUAUGGUCAGCAAGAAAAGAAGAGGUGAUAAGUCUCUGGAAGAGUAUCUAUAUUGUUCUGCUCUGUAUAUACUAAACCAUCCACUACUUAGUUACUCCUUAUUAACUCAUCCAGAGAUCAACUUUCCCCAAGACUUUCACUUUCUUUGAGCUCGAGCCAGCCUUCAUCUUUUCCAACUCACUUCGUUUGAUGUUAUUCACGUGUCUACUUCUUUUUUUUUCGCCCGAGAGUGUUCUUCUUUCUUUCACACUUCUAUUGCAUAUAUGUCAUUUCAUUAGAUACGUGUUUCAUUUUUUUUUACUCGUGCCCACCUCCAUUGACCAUACAAAGUCUAUGUUUGUGUUUUGUCUUGAUGGUUGGUUGUGCUUGGCUAGUGAUCAUUGAUUAUAUAAACAUGUUAGAAGGAUAGAUUUCAUACGUUUUUCACACCAACAUCCGUUUUUCUAUUACUUUUUUGGGGGCUCUUAUUAAUGUUUGUUUUUGGAAGAAUACUUGAGCACAUAUAACUCUGGUACAAUACAUGCGAAUUUCAAAUGUCAAUUGUAAGGCGAGGUCUACAAGGUUGUUGGUCAG